AGCUCUUUGAGUCAGGCGCAGUCUGCUCAAAUUGAGAAUUCAGGAGAUGCGUCAAAUACCCCAGCAGAGAGAGAGAAAGAGAGCGAAAGAGGAAAGAAAAGACCCUGAAAUACUCUGCUGCUGAAGAGAAUCACAGUCUCUGCCUGUUUAUCAGGAGGGGACAGUGCUGCGUAUACAUAACACUCGCUCACUCGCGCAGGCACAGCUGGAAGAAGCAGAGUCCAGCCGGGAACGGCAGGGACAUCCUUCGGCUCUGACUCAGUGGGGAUUUUUGUCCCCAGAGUAUCUUGCUGUUACUGCUAGAUUAUUUAUUUGUUAUAUUAUUUUUGCAACCGAAGGGACGUGUUAGCUGGAGGCAGCAGAGCGAGUACACUAAGCAGGAGGAUUUCAAGGCUUUGAGGAUAGGAAGAAACAUGAAGGGAAUGGGGAGAGAACGAGAAAGGGCGCCUGGGUGCUAGAAUUAUUUCUUGCAAACCAGGAGAAACCAAGAGUUUGAUCAGGGAAAGGGUACAGAAGAAUUCCAAAGUGAAUCAUUGCAGGGAAAUCAGGCAAAACGAUAACAAUAAAAUUAAAAUUAAAAAGCUCUUGUUAGACUUGAUACCAUGAGCACAAGAAAAACCUGCCCCAUUCGAGGGGGAGCAAAAGAUGGGGACCAAAAGCAAAGAGAAGACAUCCAGGACCCAGACAAGGUGAAGCUGGAGGCAGAGCUGUGGAGUAAAACCAUGCUGCAGCAGAACAGGCAUCUGAAGCAGGCCACCCAGUUUGUCCACAAGGACUCCGCUGAUCUCCUACCCCUGGAUGGGCUGAAAAGGCUGGGCACCUCCAAGGAUUUGCAACCACACAGUGUGGUACAACGACGUCUUCUGGAGGAGAACCUAAGCAAGCUGCGGGGAGAGGCCAAAAAUUGUACUACUAUAGAGGAGAAAUCUCCGGUGACAGAGAAGGAGGAUGUGACGGACAAGGAUGUAAAAAAAUGGUGGAAAGCCCCCCCAUCUUUGCUUGUGCACUGCAAGUGCCAAGGCCGGCUGCUAAAAGCUGUUGUCAACACAGGGUGCCAACACAAUCUCAUCUCUAGGAGCUGCUUGAAGCAUCUGGGAUUACAGGAAGUGCCCACCAGCUUCCAGAAUGCCCAUCCUUGUCCAUCUCGUGUUGUUGGCCAAGUGGAGAGAGUUGAGGUCCAGUUUGGUCAGGAGAUGGUGCAGUGCUCAGCACUUGUUGUGGAUGACGAAAUGUUGGACUUUUGCUUAGGUUUCCAGACUUUGCUCUCGCUGAAGACUUGCAUUGACUUGGAUGAAGGGGUCCUUCAGCUGAAAAGUCUAGGUCAAGAGCUGCCUUUCAUCCAUAUCUCUGAGGAACAAGAGAAGUGACUGAACAAAUUACAUGGAACUGAGGGGAAAGAGAUGACUGGUUAUCUGAAAAACACUUGGGCUAUCAUUUUGCAAUAUUAACCUGAGGAGCAAGAAGAAAGUGAGAGCCAGCUGCUGUUCUAGAAGACUAUUUGGAGUGGUGUUCUGUAGAUAAUUUACCCCAUUCCUUUCUGUAGUCCCUUUGGCUUUCCCCUAAGUGGCAUCUCGCCUCCUUUUCUAUCACUUCUUGUCUCGUUGCUCUGAAGUCACUUUGUCCUUAAAUGACUUGAUUUUUGUUGUUCUUGUUAACUAAUUAAUCCGUUUAUUAAAGCCAUUAAUUAAUAUAGCAGGAAACAGUUGUGAGCAGCAGCCUUGUGUGGUACUGUAAAUGAAGAGGUCACAAACUUUGCAGGUUUUUAUAUACUCCCUUUGGGCUGCCCACCAGUAGGUCUUCCCCCAUUUCCUAAUUUAAUCUCUUAAAAUUCCAACAGGUGUUCUGCAGAGAGAGAUGGAUUUAAUUCCCUCAUGGUAGAAUGAAAGUAUUUUACUGAGGGUUACAACACAAAAGGCUGACCUGAGAGAGGCACUUUGACAACAAUGCAGCAUGUCUGUUGGGCCACUUGUUGACCAAGAAUGCUUUUUCUGCUAUAUGGGCCUUAGCACAGAGGGUCCUCUCUCUGCUAGGCCCAGCUAUGGGAAUUAAUAUCCCAUCUGCCAAGCAUGUUUAAGCAACUCCAGCAGCAUGUAUGUUCUAUACCCAUCAGCCAUACCUAUAUCAAAGUCAACAUCAAUCAACUUCAACGAUUGGACUUACAUCCAUCGCUAAUAGCUGGGUAUCAGCCAUCCAUACUUAGGUGAAAGACAGUCCAAGCCUUUCUGAGCAGCUUAGAGUAUUACCAAACUGAUAUAUUAUUAAUUUCUAAAUGAUAUCCUGUGCUUUACUGCUACUUAAGCCACUGCAACGCACAACUAUAUUUCUCUUCCUGCCAUGGCUGGUGAUUUGCCAAGUCUUCUCUCUGCAGUAUUUCCAUGAUUUGUUGAUAUUGCUGCAUGCUUCCAUUGCCCUGACAAGACAUUCCAGGACCAGUUCUACCAGUUUCUUUUCCUACAUUCAUUUACAAGUAGAGCAUAAAUGUAGCCAGACACUCCUAUGAGGCAGGAAUCCCCCCACCCCUGAUCCCCAGUGAGGGGCUCUGGACCCUCACCUCAAGGCACCUUCAGGCCAUUCUCAUCUCGGUUCCCACACACAUUUUCAUACACAGACCACUGCCCCUCAGGUCACCUUCCCCCAAGAGGAGACCAUGUUCUGACAAUUAGCUUAGGCAGCAAACCGUUCUGGGCUAUUAACCAGGAAUCUAAGAGGUCUUGGCCGUUAACUGCCAAGAGUGCUAGACAUCUUAUCCCUUUUGUUCUCUCUGCUUUCUUCAGCUUGGCACAGAAUUGGUAAAUUAGUACAUUUUAUGGGGCCAUGUUCAAAUGUGUGGCAGGCUCUUGAUAGACAUAUUGAAGUCCUAUAUGUUGGCCCUUGGUGUCAGGGAUCAAGAAGGAUGUUGCCAAGACAGAGAAUAGGAGGACAAAGGAUAUAUCAUUUGGGGAAAUGGCAAAGAGAAUUGGUUACAGUUAGCCUAAUAAAAAAGGAGAUUAAGGAUGAAUAGGCUGAUAAUUCUAAUCAUGAGCCUUUUGGCAACGGAAUAAGGUGCCUCAUGAGGUUCUGAAAUCACCUUUGCAAUGUUUUUUAAAUGAUUCAGUCAAGUUUGGGUUGCUUUAGGUGCAAGAUAUCCUGUAAUGGAGUAGGACAGGGUGGUAUUUCCCAGCCAGCAUGCUACACUGACUCACUCCCUUAUUCACUGGGAGGGAUGUGUCCUUCAUGAUGCAUGAUAGAGCAAAUCAGCUCCAGGAGGGAUGUGAGGGGCAGCUACAAAGAGGAGGAAGUGAAAUGUGGUAUGGUGAUAUUUCUGUUGGGGGACAGAAUUUUUUUAGAAAAUUAAGUUUGCCUCAGGAUGAAAAGGGUUAGGAAAUAUUCAAAUAGGGAGGAUGAACUAAAUGAUCCUUUGUAUCCUUUUCAACACUGUGAUUUUAUAGGAUUUUUCAGGAAUGGGUUUUUGAAAAUUAACUUGUGGAACUGUUGGCCACAAAAUGUGGCAAUAGCCACUAAGUUAGUUAUAAACAGAGAGGAAGACUUGCAGAGAAUGGCUACUGCUGUGAUAGCUAAAUGGAACCUCCAUGUACAAAGGUGGUAUACUCCUAAAUACCAGAUACCAGGACAAACUGGGGAAGGCCUUCAUGCUCUGCCUGUGUGUGCUGAGACUGGCUAAUGUUGAUAACAGGAGGCUGACCAAGAUGAACCUUAGCCUGAUCCAGUGAGGCUGUUAUUUUUUCUUCAAAAUGUGCAGCGACUUUAAAUAAAUUGCAUCUUUUAUUGAGCCAA